AUGUCAUUCUUCAAUUUAACAUUCAUGGGCUAUGAUAAUCGUUUUAAAUCUAUGAAACAUCUUGAGCCAACAAGUACAGCACAUGGUACAACUGAAAUAAGAAAAGUACCAGUAAGUGGUCAAGCCAAAAGCGCAAUCGAAAAACAAUUAGCUCGAGAAAUAACUGGAAAUUUACAAUCACGUGAAUGGUCAACACCUGCUGCAUCAAAUUUAAAUUAUCAUACUUUACGUACGAUGCAUGUACGUGGUGAUCAACGUCCAAAUCAAAUUACGCGACGUCCAUUGACAGCUGCUCAAGAAGUUGGCUGGUGGACUAAAGAUGAACCAUUAAAAACGAGAGAACCAUGGACACAAGAAAAACGUCAUGUUCAUGCUCAAUCUGAAAUGACAAGAUUCGUCGAUGAUAUGACACUUACAGAUCGCUAUUUUCGUCUUUUUUAA